UCAACUAGACAUGUCCUGGAUAAGUACUUCAAAGUAUCAAAGAACCUGUCUGUCUGUGUACUAACUCCAUGGAGACAAAUCAGACUGGUCUGCUUCAUAAAAAAGAGUCCCUUCUCUCUUCUCUUUUCAGUGGGGUUACAGAGAGAGAGGGCCGAAAAAAAAAAAAAAAAAAAAAACAGUGAGUAGUGAGUGAAAAAUGUAGCAGGGUAAUACUGUGCUGUUUAUAUAAUGCAGAUUCCAGGCCAUGAGGGGAGUUCCUCUAUAGUUCAGUGAUGGCUCAGCAGGAUAAUAUUCUGAUUACAAUGAUCUAGAUGCCAAUUACAUUCAGUGCUGCAGAACUCCACAGCAUUCCUCAUAAACCAGGGCUUUGUCUCUAGGUAUGGCUGUCGUCAACAACAUUUAACUGGCUUUUAUUUUCCUACUGUGUGAACAGACACAUUCAUUUCUGCAGGCUGCUGGAACAGUAAGCAGUUUAGCAGUUGAAAACAUCACAUCUUAAUACUGAGAUGUUCAUCACUGUGAUAUUUGGUGAGGGAAGAGAGGAGAUACUGAACCUAAACUGCAAGGUUAUAAACUUCAUCCACUGUAUAAAAGAAAAAUGCAAUCUGGAUCCCCAAGAGACUGUGGACUUGAUGGACAGGACGGGAGAGCUGGUGAACUUGUCCGAGAGAGCGCAGAGCACAGACCUCAUCAGCAGUUUGCUGAAGGAGAGAGAGAGCUAUAUUCCAUUACGUGUAUCACGAGGUGAAGGGAGUGAAGGUCCAAAGUAUACUGCAGUAAAUGACUUUGGGACAAGUUACCCUGAGCUAGCAGAGAUUCUAAGAAAACUGUCAAAUCCUUCAAAGGAGAGGGACAAAAGGGGUGGGGCAUCUAAAAGGGGAGGAGUCAGUCAACACCGCAUCAAAGCUGCUAUCAACUUUAAGAAAGCCAUCACAACACCUCGGAGCUGAAAACACUCUCUUACUAUUUCCUUGUGUUCUUUAACAAUGUUAUAAAUAUUUUAUUUAUAGGUUUUA